GGGUGCUGCCGUUAGGUUACUGGGUUCAAUCAAGCCAGGUAUUGAAGGGUCGUGCUUGAUAUUGAGUGCGAUCAGAAGUGCACCCAAUGACAAAACAUAACCUGAUAACCGCCAGACACUGACCGAUCUCUACUUCCAUAUCCUAUACCCGCUUCAUGCCGUAAUGGCUGCAACGAACUUGACCGGUACAUGCCCGCUGACGCAGGCCAUGCUGCCACUCCUUGCCAGGAGGAGCUUUCAGACCUGCCGAUUACUCCACCCCACCCUCAGAUUUCUGCCCGCAGCGGGGAUAUCUUGGAUCAAAGUCUGGCCUACGCUGCUCCUGGCGCUCCUUGCAGAUCCUGAGCGAGCUUUUGCUCGUUUUCCAUCCACAUCGAGAAUGGUCAUGCGCACGGCACACCACGUCAAGGACUCGGGACUCCAGCUAAGAUUUCGGAACACGAGCGCUGAGGGCGAUGGCGAAUGUGCGGGGACUUCAAGAUCAAAGAUUUUGAGGACUUCGUCCUGCCCUUCGAAUGCGCCUUUCCUGUUCCUGGCAUGCCUCUUACAGGAACCGUGCACAGUUGACAAAAUGUAUAACCAUUCCCUAACCAUUUUGUAAAUAGGUAAAGCUCAGCUCGAAAGUUUGGGUAUCAACAGAAUUGAACCUCGUAAUCAAAAUAGUCUUAACUCUCAAGAUAUGACAAAACAGGUUUGAUCCACAGUUGCCUUGGCGUACACUAGUAGCGCUCUAAAAGACCAAAGAAAAGUCGCUCUCACAGGAU